AUGUUUGCUCUUCCUCUACUUGUUUUGUCUCUCCAUUCAUUUGCCGUUUCUCUUUCUUUCUCCGUUCGCCUGCCGUUUCUCUUUCUUUCUCCGUUCGCCUGCCGUUUCUCUUUUCUUUCUCCGUUCGCCUGCUUUCUUUUCUUUCUCCGUUCGCCUGCCGUUUCUCUUUCUUUCUCCGUUCGCCUGCCGUUUCUCUUUCUUUCUCCGUUCGCCUGCCGUUUCUCUUUCUUUCUCCGUUCGCCUGCCGUUUCUCUUUCUUUCUCCGUUCGCCUGCCGUUUCUCUUUCUUUCUCCGUUCGCCUGCCGUUUCUCUUUCUUUCUCCGUUCGCCUGCCGUUUCUCUUUCUUUCUCCGUUCGCCUGCCGUUUCUCUUUCUUUCUCCGUUCGCCUGCCGUUUCUCUUUUCUUUCUCCGUUCGCCUGCCGUUUCUCUUUUCUUUCUCCGUUCGCCUGCCGUUUCUCUUUCUUUCUCCGUUCGCCUGCUGUUUUCUUUCUUUUUUCCGUUCGCCUGCCGUUUUCUUUCUUUCUCCGUUCGCCUGCCAUUUCUCUUUCUUUCUCCGUUCGCCUGCCGUUUUGUUUUCUUUCUCCGUUCGCCUGCUGUUUUUUUUCUUUCUCCGUUCUCCUAUUUUCUCUUUUCUUUCUCCGUUUUGUUUUUUCUCUUUCUCCGUUCGCCUGGCAUUUUGUUUUCUUUCUCCGUUCGCCUGUUUUGUUUUUUUUCCGCUCACUCUUGGUUCACUUGUCGUUUUGUUUUCUCUCUCUCAGUUCACUUGGCAUUUUUUUUCUCUCUCUCUAUUCACUUGUCGUUUUGUUUUCUCUCUCUCAGUUCACUUGGCAUUUUGUUUUCUCUCUCUCUCUCUUUCUAUCUCUCUCUCGGUUCACUUGUCGUUUUGUUUUUCUCUCUCUUCACUCUCUCUCUCUCUCUCAGUUUUAUUUUUUGUUCUCUCUCUCUCUCUCUUCACUUGUCAUUUUGUUUUUUCUCUCUCUCUCUCUCUCCACUUGUCGUUUUGUUUUUUCUCUCUCUCUCUCUCUCUCUCCACUUGUCGUUUUGUUUUUUCUCUCUCUCUCGGUUCACUUGUCAUUUUGUUUUUUCUCUCUCUCGGUUCACUUGUCGUUUUUUUUUUUUCUCUCUCUCGGUUCACUUGUCGUUUUGUUUUUCUCUCUUUCUCUUGGUUCACUUGUUUUGUUUUUCUCUCUCUCUCUCUCUCAGUUCACUUAUCAUUUUGUUUUCUCUCUCUCUCUCAGUUCACUUGUCAUUUUGUUUUCUCUCUCUCUCUCUCGGUUCGCUUGUCGUUUUGUUUUUUCUCUCUCUCUCGGUUCACUUGUCGUUUUGUUUUUUUUUUUCUCUCUCUCGUUUCACUUGUCGCUUUUGUUUUUUUUCUCUCUCUCUCGUUUCACGUGUCGCUUUUUUUUUUUCUCUCUCUCUCGUUUCACGUGUCGUUUUGUUUUUUUUCUCUCUCUCGUUUCACGUGUCGCUUUUGUUUUCUCUCUCUCUCGGUUCACGUGUCUUUUGUUUUUUCUCUCUCUCUCUCUUUUUUUUUGUCGUUUUGUCGUUUUGUUUUUUCUCUCUCUCUCUCUCGGUUCACUUGUCGUUUUGUUUUUUUCUCUCUCUCUCUCGGUUCACUUGUCGUUUUGUUUUUUUUCUCUCUCUCGGUUCACUUGUCGCUUUUGUUUUUUUCUCUCUCUAGGUUCACUUGUCGCUUUGUUUUUUCUCUCUCUCUCUCGGUUCACUUGUCGUUUUGUUUUUCUCUCUCUCUCUCUUCACUUGUCGUUUUGUUUUUCUUCUCUCUCUCUCUCGGUUCACUUGUCGCUUUUGUUUCUCUCUCUCUCUCUCUCUCUCCAGGUUCACUUGUCGUUUUUUUCUCUCUCUCUCUCUCGGUUCACUUGUCGUUUUGUUUCUCUCUCUCUCUCUCUCAAUUCACUUGUCGUUUUGUUUCUCUCUCUCUCUCUCUGGUUCACUUGUCGUUUUGUUUCUCUCUCUCUCUCUCUCGGUUCACUUGUCGUUUUGUUUCUCUCUCUCUCUCGGUUCACUUGUCGUUUUGUUUUUCUCUUUCUCUCUCUCUCUCUCGGUUCACUUGUCAUUUUGUUUUCUCUCUAUCUCUCGGUUCACUUGUUUCGUUUUCUCUCUCUCUCUCUGUCUAUCCGUUCAUCCUCACUCUCUCUCCAUCUUUUUCUUCUCUCCACAUUUUGA